UCAACCAUUCAUUAUUUAAUGAAGACAAUGUCCCGAUGCACACAUGUGGUCAACUUAAUGUUUAUUGCAAAUUUUGCAUGGCAAAGCAUUUUCCAGAGGAACAACCAAGCGAUAAGCUUUUUAAUAAAUGCUGCAAUAAAGGAAAAAUAACAUUACCUCAUAUACAAAUUUCACCACUGAUCCAACAACUAAUGACUGGACAACACACACAUUCAAAGAAUUUUAUGCAAAAUAUCCGUUCUAUAAAUAGUGCAUUGGCGUUUGCAUCAAUGGGAGCAAACAUUGCACCACCUCCAGGAUAUGGCCCAUACUGUUUUAGAAUAAAUGGCCAAAUUUAUCACCGAUCUGGUGCUUUGCAUCCAGAAAAUGAUGAUCAACGCAAAUUUGCACAACUCUACAUUUUGAGUCCUGAGGAAGCUGCGGACCAACGAGCAGCACUAAAAGAAAAUUCAGGAUGUCACAUUGAACUUUUGAGGGAGUUAAGUUCAUAUAUGUCUCAGUAUAACCCUUUUGCAAAAGCAUGUAAAAUGCUCUAUGAGGUAGAGCAAGAAUGCAUCCAUGAAGCAUCUUUAAAUGGAGUUCAAAAUUCUAAAGUUUCAAUGGUAAUUCUGCAGGACAGAACAUCAGAUUACCGAAGAUAUAACGUACAAAGAGUUAAUGAGGUUGCUGUUAUUUUCCAAAAUUCUGAUGGUGAACCUCCUCUUGAACGUGACCUUCUUAUUCAUUGCCGAUCUACAGAUCAAACAAAAAAAACUGAAAGAAUAAGUGUUUUAGAUCCUAAUCUUGAACCAUUGCUGUAUCCUUUGUUGUUUCCAUAUGGGGACCAAAGUUGGGGUUCCAAUAUUGCUCUUAACUACAGGCCAACAUCAAUUAGUGAUGUACAAAGAAGAGUAACCACCAAUCCAAGGAUAAGAGUUAGCCAAAUGAAAUACUACUCUUACAGAAUUUCAAUUAGGGAUCAAUUCAAUCCUUUCCUUAGUGCUGGCAAGUUGACGCAGCAGUACUUUGUUGAUGCUUAUGUCAAGACUGAGGCCAACAGACUCAACUAUAUCCGUCAAAAUCAAUCUAAUCUUCGCAUUGAAAAAUAUACAGGAUUAAUGGAUUACAUUCAAAGUGAGGCUACUGCACAGGGCCUGAUGCCUGGAAAAGCAGUUAUUUUGCUAUCAUCUUUUCAGGGAAGUCCACGAAAUAUGGCCCAAAACUACCAUGAUGCUAUGGCCAUUGUUAGAAAAUAUGGAAAACCGGAUUACUUCAUCACCAUGACCUGCAACCCUAAAUGGCCUGAGAUACUUGAUAACCUAUUAGAAGGUCAAGCAGUGGAGUUCAGACCAGAUUUGGUAGCAAGAGUUUUCAAUGUCAAAUUAAAUUCUCUUUUGAAUGAUAUUUUGAACAAACAUGUUCUUGGAAGUCCUUGCGCAAAAGUGCAUGUAAUAGAGUUUCAAAAAAGAGGAUUACCACAUGCUCAUAUCCUUUUAAUAUUGAAAGCCGAAGACAAGCCAAAUGAUGCUGAAACCAUUGACACUUUUAUAUCAGCUGAAAUUCCUGAUGAACAGAUUUAUCCAAGACUACAUGCUAUUGUAAUAAAGCAUAUGAUACACGGUCCAUGUGGAGAACAUAAUUUAAAUUCUCCAUGCAUGGUUGAUGGUAAUUGCAGCAAGAAUUUUCCAAAAAAUUUUCAAAAAGAAACUUUAAUUAAUGUUGAUGGAUAUCCGCGAUAUCGUAGACAAAAAAAUGACACCACUGUAAUUGUCAAAGGGAAAAAAAUUGACAACUCAUGGGUAGUUCCAUAUAGCCCAUACUUCUGCUUGAAAUACAACUGCCAUAUAAAUGUAGAGAGUUGUGUUUCUGUUAAAAGUGUUAAAUAUCUCUUCAAAUAUGUAUAUAAAGGUUACGAUUGUGCAAAUAUUUCCAUUAAGGAACAUAAUACACUACAGCAUGAUGAAAUUCAAAUUUUUUUGGACACAAGAUAUGUCAGUGCUCCUGAAGCUGUUUGGAGGUUGUAUGGUUUUUUGAUGCACCAUCAAACACAUACAAUAAUAAGACUUCAAGUUCAUCUUCCAGGCGAACAAGAUGUAUAUUUCCAUAAUGAAAACAUACAAUUAGCUGCAGAAAAGGCACAAGACAGGGAUACCACUUUGACAGCAUACUUUAAGUUGAAUGUGGAUAAUAAUGCGGCACGUGAACUUUUUUACUCUGACAUUCCUCAACAUUUUGUAUUUGAUGUAAAAAACCGUAAGUGGAAUCCAAGACAAAGAGGAGCAGAUACAACAAUUGGCAGAUUGUAUAAUGUAAAUAUUUCAUCAGAUUUGGAGAGAUUUUGUUUGAGGUUAUUGCUCUUGCACUUAAAAGGAGCAAUAUCCUUUAAGGACUUACGAACUGUUAAUGGACAAGUUUGUCACACAUUCAAAGAAGCUGCCCAAAAGCUUUCACUUUUAGAUGACGACGCUACAUGGGAUCUUACACUUAACGAAUCAGCAUCUCAACAGAUGCCUAAACAAAUGAGGGAACUGUUUGCUUAUUUGUGUAUAUUUGUUGUCCCACCUAAUGUCCCACAACUCUUUGAAAAAUACAAACAUGAUCUUUAUGAAGAUUAUUCACGUCAUGAAGACCACAUUGAUGAUUGCAAAAGUUGCAAAAAUUUGGCAUUAACAGAUAUUCAAAAUGUUCUCAUAUUGCAUAGUAAACGUUGUGAAGAUUUUGGACUACCCAAUCCAUCAAACUUCAUUCCAGAAAUGCAAUUCAACUAUGUUACACACUUGGAAGCCCAAGUUGGAGCACAACUUCAAGAAGCAUUAAACAUCGAGCAAAAAGCUGCAUUUGACAAUGUAAUGUCUGCAAUUGAUAAUGAAAAUUUACCACACAGAUGUUUUUUUAUUGAUGGACCUGGUGGAAGUGGCAAGACUUAUUUAUAUAAAACAUUAUUGAGUACUUUACGUGGACGCACAGAUGGAGUUCUUCCUGUUGCCUCUACAGGAAUAGCAGCUAAUCUCCUUGAUGGUGGCAGAACUUACCAUUCACAGUUUAAGCUUCCAAUUCCAUUACUGGAAACAUCAACAUCAAAUAUGAGAAUGACUUCAAAAGAUGCAGAGUUCAUACGUAAUGCUAAAUUGAUUAUUUGGGAUGAGGCCUCAAUGACACCCGGUAUAGCUCUAAAAUGUGUAAAUAACCUUCUUCAGGAAAUUAUGCAGAACAAUAAGCCAUUUGGUGGAAAAGUUAUACUCCUUGGUUGA